AAAAAAUAAUUUCUGCAAUAUUUUUGGCUGAAGAUGAUGAUGAAAUGAUUGAAGAUUCUGAAAUAGAGGAAGUUGAGUAUAAUUUAAAUAUUAUUGAAUUAGAACAGGGAGUUUUUGAUUUUAAUUCUACAGAAUUAGCAGCAGAUUUAGUUAAGGAAUAG